AUGGAUACAGAAGACUUGGGCUCAGGUAAACUAGGCCAAAUAUUGAAGCAGAUUUGGAGACAAAACCAAAUGCUUAAACAGGCACUCCUGGGUGAUGACCUUUGUGAGGGGCCUGGGGCGGCCACCUGGAUGGCCACAGUGGUCUUUCUGGGUCAGGAACUCAGUGGGGCUCUUCACCAACUGUUGGAGCACACUGCAGGGACCCUGUGUUCCACCUGCCAGCAGCUGUAUGUGCUGCUUGACAAGGAGAACGCAUGUAUCUGGAGGCAAGAAAUUAUUGCUUUCAUAGAAUGCCUCAUGAAAAUGAAGGAGCAUUUGGGGAAUACUGCUCUGCUUCUAAAGAAAGAAGAAAAGGAGAUGUGUAAUUUAUGCAGGAUGCAUGAUGAACAUACUCCACAUCGGACAAUGACCACCAUUCAUGACACAAAAGCAACAGACAUUGCUGCAAGAGAGGAACUAAAUGUCAUAGAAACAGCUACUGUUUCUCCCACAAAUGAGGAGGAAAGCCAUUACACAAAUCAGGUUCAGUUAAAAGAAAAUAAAACACACAUAAAUUCUGAAUUAGUGGAAAGAGAAAACAAUGUGUCAUUGAAUGGAAAUGUUACAGGGCAAGAAACGUCACAGAACACCAUGUUCCCAGAUAAUGUAGAAAAUGAAGAUGAUAAACAAAUAGGACACGUGACUGCUGAGAACAUAAAUGGCAACAAGGAGGAGAUUCAUGACAUAAUCCAGAUAACAAAAAGAGAAAUUCAAGGGACCUCAGAAAACCAAAGAGAAGAGAUUACCACAUCCUCAACAACACGGGAUAUCUCCAGUAAACUUGUGAAUAAUCUUCCCAUUGACUCAGACAGUCUAAAGCAAAAGAGUAACAUAAUGGAAAAGGAGUAAGUAAACACAAUGAGAGAUGAGUCUGACCCCCAAGUGUCUUGCUACAUUACAGCACCAUCACGUGUCCUACAGCAGCUGGAGUGCCGGAUAGUUAACAGCAUGAGUUGCUUAAUAGUGAGUGAUAAUGAAGAGCUGGUUAGCAAUGUCAUCUCCAUUGAAUGCUCAGAUAAGGAAGAGAAAAUUCCAUUUCCAAUAUGCAUUGCAAUUCCAUUUACUGCACGUUACAGGGGAAAUUACAGAGAUAUCAUGGUGAAAGUGUCUGACAUAAACCUUCAAUCAAGUUACCUAACCCCAAAUUCACUAGAAGGAAUGAGAGGAAGUUACAAGCAUCUAUUUUCCUCUCUUAAAUCCAUUAAUUUCCAUCUCCAGCGCACUACAGCUGAAGGAAGGACAAAAAGUGCUUCCACAAGAAAACUUGGGAACAAUACCUGUGAAUCUUUGAAAUUACUGGGAUACAGAAGCCAAGACACUGGUUGGUUUGGGCUUGAUGAUGUUGUGGUGAGAACCAUCCCGAGUGGCUUGAUAUCAUUUGAAUUGCAUGAACAUUUAGAGAGGUUCAUUGUACUUCACCUCUCUUCCACUGUGGACAAGAGCCAUUUGGUUUCCUUUGUGAAGUCUUUGGAGGAUGCCUUGCUCAGCACCACUGCUUGCGUAGUUUUGUCGCACCAGAAGGACAAUCCACACAGAGUGGUUGUUUUAGUGGUGCCUUCUAAAGAUUUAAACCAGACACUUAAGGACUUGCUCUUAGAAGGAUUUGGAGGACUUCCAGAGUCAUCUCGUCAUUUCCAAGUAAGAGAAGGAGAACAACUGCUUUUAAGGUUUACUGGAAACAUAUUUGGUUCAAGCAAUGGGAAGGAUUAUGGAAAAGAAUACAAACUUAUUUUUCACUUGCAAAGAAAACCCAGGCUGGAACUCCAAAUCAAAGAGGUGGAUGAAUUUGGAAACUACAGCUGUCCCCAUUAUAAGGGAACCAUUGUAGUUUAUAAAGUACCUAAGGAAAAGAUAGUUCCCAACCUGGACCAAUCUCUCAUACUUAAUGAAAAUCAUUAUGAGUUGCCAAUUUGCAAAUUACCAUUGAAAUUGCCAAAGCAUGAAAAAUUAAUCAACCGUCCACAGAGUACCAAGAGAAUUUCUAAAGAUCCUCUAGAAGCCCUUUGGGAUAACUUGUUCCACUGGCUGGCAGAGGAACUCUCAGAAGAAAACGCUGAGGUCCUUACCUCGUCCCUUCCUCUGCGCCGCAGCACCAUUCAGCUCAUCAAACUCAAGCACCCUGAUGACCUCACGGAGCAGAUCCAUGAACUUCUUUGCUUCUGGAAAAAAUCUCUCCCAACUUCCACUGACAAAGUUCGCCUCCUAGCUCGUCACCUUCGCAAGAUGGGCAGGAGUGAUCUUGCAGGAGAGUUCAAGUUCAAGUGGGAAAAUAAAGUGUUCACUGAACCCCAACAGUGGUUUGAUAUGGAACCUGAGUAA